AUGGCUUCAGACAAAGAAAAUUCGGAGGUUAGAAACCGUAAUUUGAAUAGACUUAAGAACAACAAACGUACAAGUGGUAAAAAAAGGAAAGCGAAGGACAAGGACCAUGUUGUUAGGCCCGCAACAACACCAGGAUACAAACCCGGAGAAUCGACUGUAUCUGCGGAAGGGUUCGGAUCUGAUGUGACUACUGUAAAGGAAUAUUCUUAUUCGGAUGAUGCUAACAAGGUUGUUAUACGAAAUGAUAUUGAGACAGUCGGAGAAGAAGACUUAGAUCAAAGGAUUAAAAUUCAUGUUGAUUUGAGGUUAAAUCAUUACCAGGAAACAAACAAAACUGAUGAAAUAGACAACGAAAUCGAUGAAUGUGAAUAUGACACCGUGACAGGUGAUAACAAGAGUGGAAAAGAAUCCCACUUUUCUUGUCACACAAAAUCGAUAAUUCGCAAGGAUUCGUCGUUAGAUGUGAUAACAGAAGAAAGGGACAUAAAUACUAAUCACAAUGUUUCUAUCAAAAAAGAAACAAUUCGACGGGAAAUAACUUUUGACGAGCUAGCGUUAGAUGAAACGGAAAUAUUGAGGACAAGCACUCCAACUGAGUGUUCUGCUCAGUCGCGCAUCAGACCAAAGACUUGUUCCUCACUUUCCAAACGGAAAGGUUCCUUAAGAUCCUUUGAUAGACCGAAAUCCUCUUUUAGUCCAAGGACGUUUAAACAAUCUGCCAGCUCUCCUUUCCCUCCUUUCCGUGACUUUCAUCAUCGUUCUGUUACUUCGCAGUCUGACCGUCCGUCAACAGCAUACACAAGCAUGUCAAAUUCACCCAGAAGAAGCAUGGAAACGAGGAGAUCAUUCAAAAUAACAAAAGAAGAUCUUGAACAUUUUCUGCCGAAAAAGAGUUUCUUUAACUGUCAUGACAAAGUUCUAAAGGAUGCAGGAUUUGAAGUCGAAGAGGUUUCACCAGCUGGUGCAAAAAAGCGUCAGUUUAUGCAGCUCUUACAGCAAAGAAAUAAAGACAGAAUAGAAAGAGAUAAGGCCAGAAAAAUGCCUCCUCCAAAAGUUCUGGGAUUACUGGAUCUGUACGAACUGGAAUGUAGCGCCGACGAUUCCAAUUCCACAUUGGUUAGUUUUGAGGAUCAACAGUCAAAUAACAAAAACAAGAAAAAUGCUAAGUCUACAUCUAAGAAAAAAGGUGAUCUCGACGAAGAGGAAAUUCGUGUGGAUUAUCAACUGCUUUUGAUAUAUCUUAAAUAUAUAAAAGCGAACCCAGAGGAAUUUCUUCAGUAUCACCAAAAACACUCCGCUUCAGUAAAUCUUGUGCAUGUUCGACAAGGGGAUUCCCUUGUGAAAUUAGGAGGGAUCUUCCAACGUGGUCGCCAUGGAAUAUCCACCGAGAGUAUCCUUGUGAAAGCUGUACAUGACAUAAGACCUCGAUUUACAGACCCUGGUCAAUGGACUUCCGCAAACAAAGAGAAGGAACUAUUAGCCCUCACAACUACCAAAAAGGAAAACAGCACACCUGCUGCAAAGCCGGAACAAACAAAAAAAGAAACGUCCAAUAACCAAGAUGAACCAAAAACGGAGUAUGAGAGGAUAAAAUUAAAACUCGACGGAUGGUUGAAAACGGUGACAACAGCACAGCUGAAUAAGGCUAAGGAGUUGGCCUUGAAAGAGUUAGGGCAAGAAGAUGUUUCCCUAUCUAGAUGGUGGAUCUCUCUAAAGUCAUGUAACUAUAUCAGACAGAGAGGUCACAGAAGCUAA